AUGCAUCCAACCCCCGCGACCUGCGUGUCGGUAUCCGCUUCCGGCCUCAAGCUGGGCCCUCGCCGCCGGCGCCCGCCGCCCCUCCGCCGGCGCCCGCCGCCGGCGCCUCGUCGCUGGUCCUCACAACCGCCCUUUCGUAGCCUAUCCCCAACCGCGCGCCAUCGCCCCUUUCGGAGCGCCGCCGCCACCUCCCCCGAGCGCCGCCGGCCCUUCCCGCCGCGCGCCGUCGGCUCCUUCCGCGCCGCGCGCCGCAGGCCACCUCCCCCGAGCGCCGCCGGCCUUCCCCGCGCCGCCGCCCCUUCCGCCGCGCGCCGCCGCCCCUUCCGCGCCGCGUGCCGCAGGCCCCUUCCACCGCGCGCCGCCGGCCCGCCCACCGUCGUCCCAGCCUUAUCCCCUUCCACGUCUCCCAUUCAUGGUGUCCCCUGGUACGCCAACGGCCGCCGGACCUCCCCGAUCUCCCGCAUUGUCUACCUUCCCCAACCGCCCUCCACCAACAUCGAGCAGGCUCCCGCGCCGCCGUCCGUGCAUCGCCGCCGGCUUCCCGUGGGCAAGGCAAGCACCGUCGACCAAGCUACCUAG